UAGAGAAGUCAAAGUUGCAUCGAGUGGACCACAUAGUGUCCAGCCAUGUUCUGAAAUGGUACAAUGUCGUUACAAAAGUAAUGCUGUGUUCGUCUUGUAACGAAGAGUCGGGGGAUUACGGGCCCAUUAUUGACCUUGACACAGUCCUUCAAGAUUACGCAUGGAGGGAACUUAAGAGAGAUGCUCGCUGGUACCAGGGCCCCCUGCUGCGUCGAACUUACUACGAUAUUGAAAUCCCCUGGAAUUUUUAUGAAUUUGAGCAUAGAACUACGAAAUUUAGCACUCGAAACCCCCAAGGAAGUACGCUAAGACAGGAUUUCAGAGAGAAAAAGCAAGUUGAAUUAUUUACUACUGACUAUAAAAAUAACACUGCCAAAGAACAAAUAUAUAAUCUAAAAACACAACGUCAGACGCAGGCAAGAACUCACAUUUCUUUCCAAAGGGGAUUUGUGAUUAAGAAUAAUGCCAAUUUUAAGUUAAAAGUUCCGGAGCAUUACGGGCAUUGUGGUGUUACAGCGACGGCAGACGGCCAUCUGAGAGUUACCAAACGCGAAGAAAACAUCCAAGAAUUGUUUACGUGGCAAUGUGACAGUGAUAUAACCGUUGACCCCUAUCAUAUCACCAAGGUUACCUUAAUGGUGACCGAAGACGAAUUCAUGGCGGACUUUGAAGUUCGAUCUCGUCUGCGAAUGCCGACUGGGGAGGCACCUAUCAUUCUUAAAAGAAGACGAGAUAACCACAUUCAUGCUGUUAUGUUGCUGUCCGAUCUUCGUGAUGUAUUUGCAGACUUGAAUCAUCCCAAUAUAACUGUUACCAAAGAGAAAAUCGGUUCUAAUACUGAGACGACGGUGGAAUUUAUUACUACUGGUACAAUAGAAAGCGUCAGAUGGAGUGAUCAAAGAGUCUGUAUAGAAUCCAAGCCGAUAGACCCGUCUGUAUUCAGCGAUUCGCUUUACGGCUCAGCAAUAUGUUCCAAUGACGUAUACAGCAGGGUAAUCAAACAUGCAACGAAAAACUCUUUUGAAAAAGAACAAAAUACCAUUUUAUCUUCUACUGCGGCCACUACACCUAAUGAAAAGAAACACGAUUUUCAAGGAUUCAAGGUAGAGACUAAAGAUAUGAGAUUUAGCAUAAUUCCUAAGAUAGUCACAGAUAAUCAGGAGGACUUGCUAGACAAAGACAGCCAAUUAGAAGAGUCGUCUCAAAUCAGGUCGGUAUUCCCCACGAUCAGGUUACAGGAAAAGGAAAGAAGAAUGUCUGACCCAGAGACUAAUCGACCCCCUCCCCCGUACCGAAGUGUGUCAGACCUCCCGCUCAAGGUCAUUCGGGAAACCAGUUUGGAAGACAAAGAAAAAUCGGAAGUGGGUACACCAGAUUCCUCGGACUCUCAAAAGUUCUCCAAGGUCACGAGUGUAUGAAGGUCAACAGCGUAUGAAGGUCAUCAUCGUGUCAAGGUCAUCAAUGUGUAAAGGUCUUCAGGGUGUCAAGGCUCGUUUUCAGAAAGAAUACUGGCAGCUGUAUGCUACGGGAUUUCAGAAAAUCAAUAACUAAUAUAUAUAAUUGUUCAAAAGGGCAUUUCAAAGCUAAGACAUAAAGACGUUGAAGUUUCCACACCAAACCUAUAUUUGUUAUUUGUGGAAUCAUUAUAUUUAUUCUCUCCAUCUCUUUGUAACAUUGCAAAAAUAAUGUAUUAGACCAUCUUUGUCCUUUUAUGUUCUCCAUUAUUUUGUAGUCCGUGAGUGCUUGUUUUGUUGUUGUUUCGUUUGAGAAGAAUUGAUCAUAUUAUGAGCUGUGUGAGAAAGGAUGGGUCAAAAUUGUUCAUUAAUCAACUCAAACUGUGAGAAUCUUUGAACAUACACAUAUUCAAAAUUUUUCGCUCAAAUUUUUUUUUUAGGAACGUAAACUCUUUUUUAUUUAAGCAAUGCAUAGUGCUAUUAUCUCAUAUUACUAUGUAAUUGAAUGAAUCAUUGGAUAAACUGUUAUUGUUAGAGAGGAUAAGCUGUUCCAAUCCUCCAGUUUCAUUGAACAGUCGAUAUUGAUGUAACAUGCAAUGUGUGCUAUUAAGACCGCAAAUCAAAUCAAGGCAAUAAUUAGGCUUCUGAUACUACAGGGGGUACAAUUUCACAAUUUUAUGAAACUCCAUGCUAUUCAUUAGGUUCAGAAUAAGUAAAAAAUUGUAACUCUGUAGACGCUCAAUAUGGUACUUAAAAAAAAUUGCCUCUGUGAUGAAUUUUUUACAAUCCUAAUUUUUGCAUAUAUAAAAAAUGAGAAGAUAACAAUAUGAAAAGUGUUCGAUCUCCAAAAGAUCUAACCAAUACACAACUGUAAAAUGGACAUGAAACACGGCUCCCUGGUAGUUUGGAUCGGGUAACUCGAAGGAGUAA